CGACCUCUGUUGUGGCAACGGUAGCGUAUCAAGCUAUGUAUUGCAUUGCUGUCGAAAAUGGCGUCAGGCUCGGAGCUGCCAGAAUAUUCGUCCCCAGCGAAACGACGGAAAGUCGACGGCAACGAUUACGUCGGUACCAGCAUCGCGAAACCUGAGUUCCAAGACUAUGAGACGUCGCGCGUUACUCCGAACGAAGAUCCUGAAGAAACAUACGGAGGAGAUAGUGGUUUCAAUGAAUUAAGCGAUGAAUCUAAAUCUACUUCUGUUUCACCGGAUACCACACACUUGACAACCGGACUCUCUAGAAUUGACUCAACCAGCGACGAUACUGGCUGUCCAAUUGAUACUGCAGAUGAGAAAGAUGAAGUGUCGUCGACAGUUUCAAAUCUGUCCGAUUUAUCAGGACUGUCUGAUUUUUCUGGUGAAGGAGAAAUCAAUCAUCAAUGGAGGAAUGCUUCUUCAUGGGUUCAGAAACAAAUGUUGAUAGGUGCUGAUCCUAGAGAUCUUCUUCAUCAUAUUCUGAUGGAUUCUACACAGAUCCCUGAGCAGGUCGAUGACUUGACUCUUUGGAAGAUCAUAGUAAAUGUAAUGUCUGAACCACCGCGUAGGCAGAAAUUGAGACACGUAAACACUUUGUGUAGAGAUGGUAUUUAUUCUAGGCUCGCUCAAGAUUUUCCUGAUUUACCAGACCCACAGGCCAUGUUUGAUAUUAAUUAUUUUGGUCAAGAUCCAAGACCGUUUUACAAAUUUGCGCGAGAAAUUUAUCCUGGACAGUUUAAGCCAAGCCCCUGUCACAGGUUCAUUCAAAUGCUCGAUAAACAGAAGAAGCUGCUCAGAAAUUAUUCGCAAAACAUCGACACGCUAGAGCAAGUGGCUGGCAUUGAGAACGUGAUCGAAUGCCACGGUUCUUUUGCAACUGCAUCAUGUACAAGGUGUAAAUAUCAAGUGAAAGCGGACGACAUUAGAGAAGACAUUUUUGCACAGAGAAUACCUUUGUGUCCGAAAUGUAGAGUUAACGCCUUGCCGCCUAUAUCGGAGAUUAAUCUUAACGAGAAUUAUAGAGAUUUAGUGACUCACGGCAUCAUGAAACCGGACAUUGUAUUCUUUGGCGAAGGACUUCCGGAUGCUUUUCACGAUGCAAUGGCCAAAGACAAAGAUGACUGUGAUCUCUUAAUCGUAAUCGGAUCAUCGUUGAAAGUUCGGCCGGUAGCGUUAAUUCCUUCGUCUAUACCCUCGCAUGUCCCGCAGAUUCUCAUUAAUCGGGAAUCGUUGCCGCAUCUAAAGUUCGAUGUUGAACUCUUGGGAGACGGUGACGUCAUUAUAAAUCAGUUGUGUCACCUAAUGGGAGACACCUACAAGGAAAUAUGUUGGAACAAUAUGAUCCUUCGAGAAGCGACGCAACUUGCACCGAUGCGUUACUUGCCCGAAGAUUCUUGGGAGCAGAGUCAAGACACGACGACAAAUACUGUAUUAUCUCGAGAUAGUGUUGAGAAAGAUACGUGUUCCAUUGGAAGCCAAGAUAUCGAACAAUCUACAGAGAACAUGAAUGUUUGCGUUUCAUCGUUUCGAAAGGAUCACGCCAAUAAUACAGAAGAGAGGUUUGAUCUGCACCAGGGCAGUCCGAAAAGACGUUUGGGCGAAUCAAGCGAGGAAAGCAGUCCGAAGAGAAUGAACUUCGGUGGUAGUUCGGUAUUAGAGUUUCGCUCGUCCUCCUCGACGGCGGAAAAUUCCAAUUGUUGGAACGAUUAUAAAAUUCAUGUCGUGUCAAUGGAAUCAACGUCAAAAGAGAAUGGGAAAGUUUAUAACUUAGAGGAGUGUCAAGUAUGCCCGAGAACGGUAGAGUUUUCUUCGGAAAGUGCAGAAUUAGAGCCGACAUUGCAAUCAAACCGUUGUACCGAGGACACAAUAAUAUCCACCACUGAAAUUGAUAAAAUUAAUUUUAAACCGAGACAAGCGUCUAUCGAUUCCGCUUUGGAUUCUGGAAUCGGUGAUAGUUGCAAUAGCGUCGACAGUGGUGAAGGGAAGUGCGACGAUAGAAAGACAGAAUUAAAGAACGGAAGACUAAGUGGAAGGCACUGUUGGCAGUCGAAAGUACGAGAAAGUCUUGCCUCAAGAUUACCAGAGAACUCGUACUAUCAACUGACACCUGGAAAGUACAUUUUUCCUGGAGCGGAAGUAUAUUCGGAUCCUGAGGAUUAUGAUCAGUGUAAUUUUUCGAUUAAUUCCGAAAGUUCCGAAAGUGACAGUGUGUCUUCGUCUGCCGAGGAAGAGGAGGAAGAGGAAGAGGAAGAGGAGGAGGAGGAGGAGGAGGAAGAGGAGGAGGAAGAAGAAGAAGAAGAAGAAGAAGAAGAAGAGGACGAGGAGGAGGACGAUGAAGAUGUUGAGGAAGUGGUGGAGAAAGAAAGGGCCAAGAGGGGGGAGGUGGAAGAAGAUAAAUCAGCGAUGAUGGAUUUACAACAAGAAGAAACGAAUAAAGAACGUGAAUUAGAAAAAAGAAGUCAGAAUGACGAAUCGCUGGAAAUGAAAAUUGUCACAACCGGCAUUGAUGCCGUGUGCGAGAAGAGAAAAUGGACGACAAAUUGUUCCCAUAAUGGUUAGUUGAAAGGUGCGGAUUCGAAAAGCAACGAUAUCGAUUGGCGUUACUUCCAUCGAACUUCCUAGCCCAAUAAAAUCACGGCGGACGACCAGUUGAAGAAGAGUGCAACCCCCUUGGCCGUGCUUCAGUAUACGUGUAUAUGCAGAGACGUGCAAAGGUACGAGCAUUCAUUUGCCCACGG